UCGACGUUUAACAAUGGCGGAUCCAAAGAAUCUCUUCCUCAUCACGAAACAUCCAUCAACCACACAGAUCUUUCUAACGUCUCUCUUCUUCCUCUCUCUCUUCCUCCUCUCAUCUUCAUCUCUCUCAGAUUUCUCUCCAUCACUCAUCGUCUCAAGCUUCACCUCUCGUCUUCUCACAGCAGCUAACUUCUUCUCUUCCCCUUCUUCUUCCACUUCAACUGCUUCAGACACGACUAUGUUCCUCUCCUCUGUUUCUCACAGAAGAAUCCGAGUUAAUAACGAGUCAAAGAUCGAUCCCGUAACCAAAGAACUCACUUCUUGCGACAUUUUUGAUGGGACUUGGGUCUUUGACGAUUCUGAACCGGUUUAUUCACCUGGUUAUUGUCCUUUCGUUGAAGAUAAGUUUAACUGCUUCAAAAAUGGUCGACCUGAUUUGGGUUUCCUCCGUCAUCGAUGGCAACCUCAUGGAUGCUCGAUCCCAAGAUUCGAUGGGAAGAAGAUGCUGAAGAUUCUGAGAGGGAAAAGAGUUGUUUUCGUUGGUGAUUCAUUGAAUAGAAACAUGUGGGAGUCUCUGGUUUGUUCACUUAGGUCAACAUUAGAAGACAAAAACAGAGUUUCUAGGGUUUCUGGAAAACAGAGUAAUCUACAAAACGAAGGUUUUUACGGUUUCAGGUUCAAAGACUUUGACUGUUCUAUUGACUUCAUCAAGUCACCAUUCCUCGUUCAAGAAUCAGAAGCUUUAGAUGUGUACGGGAAGAGAAGAGAGACGCUGAGACUGGAUAUGAUCCAACGAUCGAUGACGAAGAUAUACAAAAACGCAGACAUUGUUAUAUUUAACACUGGUCACUGGUGGACUCACCAGAAAACAUACGAAGGGAAAGGUUAUUUCCAGGAGGGGAAGCGAGUUUACGAAAGAUUAGAAGUGAAAGAAGCUUACACAAAAGCUCUGCAUACAUGGGCUGAUUGGGUUGAUUCCAAUAUCAACAGUACUAGAACAAGAGUCUUCUUCGUCGGUUACUCCUCUUCACAUUUUAGAAAAGGGGCAUGGAACAGCGGAGGACAAUGCGAUGGAGAAACAAGACCGAUACAGAACGAGACGUACACAGGAGCGUAUCCAUGGAUGAUGAAAGUGGUCGAAUCAGUAAUCUCUGAUAUGAAAACGCCUGUGUUUUACAUGAACAUAACGAAGAUGACUUGGUACAGAACGGACGGUCAUCCGUCGGUUUAUAGACAGCCUGUGGAUGUCCGUGGAAGUUCUCCUGCAGCCAGAAUGUUUCAAGAUUGUAGCCACUGGUGCCUACCUGGAGUUCCUGAUUCAUGGAACCAGCUUCUCUACGCUACUCUGCUAGUUUCAUAUAGUUCCUUGCGUGACAAGUCACUUGGAAAUCUCUUGUAG